AUGGUAAGUGCUUCUCGCGCUGCCCUAGUCGUUGGGCUCUGUGGCCUCACACACGCUGCCUAUUCCGCUGCCCAGCAUCGUUCUUAUAUCCGUUUAACAGAACAGGAAUAUAGCUCAUUACCUAUUGAUAUCCUUGUGCAAAUAGUUCUCUCUUUCAUUGUCGUCUGCAUUGGUCUCGUUGGUCUCACUGGAAAUCUGAAGGAGAUAGAAGCUGCUGCGGAGUUCAGGGAGAAGACCUGUGAUUCACUUGGAAAUAGACCUUCCUUUUACAUUUUUCAUCACCGCAAAGUUCCCUCGUCGACUAAUCCCACCCUCUAA